GUUAAACCGACAGCAUUUCCUGCCCUUGAUUCUCGCUUCCUCCUUUCUCCCUCCUCUUCAUCAACGUCCAAACCCAAUGCAUUGACUUCACAAUUGUCCAUGUACCAGCAGUCCUACCACUUGCUCAUCCCCUCGACCGACCUAACAAUCAAUAGACGCUGAUCCCCUCCUUGUUCGACACGCCAGUCAGCCGCACCAACCACCCACGCUCGCACCAACCAUGACGUGACCUUUGACCUGCAUCUCCUUUGUCCAGUACGGAGUACCUCAAAAAGCCGUCUCGAACUACCCUCGACAACAGGAACUGAUACAACUUCUGCCUUCUCUUGUACAACUAUACCUUUCACCACGGGCUAUUUCUCUUAAGAUGUCCGGCCAAAACACACCACCAUCUCCUGCCCCCCAACACCGACGUCGGUCCUCCUUUAUCGAGAUGUUCAAUCCUCGCUCACACUCUACCACCGCAGUCUCCUCCUCGCCACCCUCUGCAGUUACUCCCUCGAACCCUAACACCACCCAACAUCGAAGAGGCACCUCAAUCACGGGUCUUGGAUUAAACACCAACCCUUCCACCCAGUCUCCCUUCACAGCCUUUCAACGACGAGCGAGCAUCGCAACUUCAACCGCGUCAAGUUCACCAGAUUUCAAAAACAGUUUUGGAGAUGAGCCUGCAGUCAUUGAAGAGGAUGAUCCGUCACCACAUACGAUGGGACAACCCUCCUCCCCAUCCUUCGCCAGAAGAGUUAGUUUUGGAGCACAGGCUCUACGAGACGUGAAAAUGGGUUCAAGCCCUGGUUCUGCUACUGGCGGUGGUAGGCGCCCCUCGUCCUCCCUUUUUACCGUGGUUGAGAAAUCCAAUUCCGAAAAUGCCACUCUCACUCCCUCACGACCAAGCAUGUCGAGCCCGGCCAAGACUACAGAAGGUUUCAAUUGGUCUGAAGCCCUUCGUGACAGGUCCAGACGCUCACCCUCGUUCUCAUCGGGCAAUCCAUUCACACAAGGUGGCGGUCGACCUCGUGCAGUCAGCAACUCCAAUCCGGAGCCGCCAAAAGAAAUUUUAAAAGCCGUUGAGCCUCCGGCUCCAGUCAGGAUGAAGAAGCCAGAUCACCUCGGCGAAAGAAUGCUUCGUGGUGAGUUCAUGAUGGAUUAAAGACAAAAGGUCCAAUCGCUGAAAGCCGUCCUCUUUCAUUGCUUGGAUAGUAUUAGUGUGAUUUGUGAAACAUGAUGGCAAUGGCUUCAUCUGCGGUUGUGGUUAUGUUGAUGUUGAUGAUCAUGUACGAUAUGCCAAAGAUGGCCCACGUAUGCUUUACGUUGCAGCAUUUCAGGGUUUGCGAAAUCAGAAUGAAUGAAGAAUGAAAUGGUAUGACCAACGCUUUGUUUGUCUAGGGACGAAGUUUCUCUUACUCCUCCU